AUGUCUGGUCCAACUGAUGAACCUAAUCCAAAUACUUUGGGCGACUUGCAAAGUAUAGUGGAUGCAACUAAUUUAAGCAUUUUCGACGAAGACUGGAAAUACCUAUUUGAUUCGACUGAUCCAAGCACUUCCAAUGAAGACUGGAAAAAUAUAGUAGAUCAACCCAGUUCAAGCACUUCCAGCCAAGUAUCUGGUACAACUGAUAAACCUGAUUCAAAUAUUCCCAAAGAUCAGCAACAAUCAAUAGAUGUAGUUGAUCCAAGUACUUCCAGACGAGGUCGAAAACGGCCGAUUGAUGAACCCGGUUCAAACACUUCCAAAUAUGACCAACAACAACCAAUGGAUCAAGCCGGUCCGAGUGCUUCCAAACAAAGUCGAAAACAAUCAACUGAUGAACCCGGUCUAGACAUUCCUGACAAAGACUGGCAACGCUUAAUAGAUGAAGUCAAUUCAGACGCUUUUGAAGAAUGGCAAGAACUGUUUGAUAUAGCUGGUUUAAAUACUCCCAGUCAAGCAUUUGACCCAAUUGAUCAAGUCGGUUCAAGCAAUUUUGACAAAUACCAACAACAACCAGCUGAUCAACCUAGUUCAAGUAUUCCUGAUCAAACUCAGCAACACCCAAUAGAUGCAACUGAUUUAAAUAUUUCCGACCAAGAUCCACAACAGCCGAUUGAUCAAUCCAGUCCAAGUACUUCCAGUCAAGCGCCUGGUUCAACCAAUGAACCCAAUCCAAGUACUUCUGACGAAUACUGGAAACCAUUAUUUGAUAUAAUUAAUCCAAAUAUUCCCAGUCAAGACCCAAUUAAUGUAGCUGUUCCAAGUACUUCCAGUCAAGACCAACAACAACCAAUGGGACAAGGCAAGUCUGCUAAUACUGUUUCAAAUCAAGUGAUUGUAUUAAGCGAAAGAUAUCAAAGAACCUUUAAUCGUAUAAAGCAAAGGCUUGAAUUGUCUGAAAUAAUACAAAAGAAAAAGCACAAAGAAUGUCGUGAAUAUGCAGCCCUUAAAUUUGAACAAUGGUCAGCGUUAGCAAUGGGAGAAGAUAUAUCAGGAUCAAAAUACGAUCCAGACACUGAAAAGCAAUUGAAAGAAGAGUAUAAGAAGAUAAGCAGAAGAGUACAUGAUGUCAAAUAUGAAUUAAAAAGGUUUAUGAAAAGGCGUGGUUUGAAAUUGGAAGAACCGAAUUAA